CUCUAACUAAUUUGUUCGAUGUUCUUCCUCUCUCUCAGAAUCAAACACUGAAAAAAAAAAUGGAAUCUUUAGAAUCGACUCGCUUCUGCUCUAUUGCUCUUCUUCUUAUCUCCCUUCUCUGCUCUCUACCUUCAACCUUAGCUCAACAACAUGAACCAAACCCAACCAUUAGAACAAUGGAGGAUUUUUCCGGGUACCCGAUUCACGAACCGAGUCAAUUCGGCUCCAUCAAUCUCGCUUCUUCACUCUCCGUUGAUGCUCAAGGACUGCAAAAACAGAUAGAUGAGCUUUCUAAUUUCUCUGAUGCUCCUUCUCCAUCAGUCACAAGAGUUCUCUAUACUGACAAAGAUGUCUUGGCACGACGUUAUGUAAAGAAUUUGAUGGCACUUGCUGGUCUUACUGUUAGAGAAGAUGCUGUUGGUAACAUAUUUGGCAAAUGGGAUGGUUCAGAACCUAAUCUUCCUGCUGUAGCCACUGGUUCUCAUAUCGAUGCUAUUCCAUAUUCCGGGAAGUAUGAUGGUGUUGUUGGUGUCUUAGGUGCUAUUGAAGCUAUCAAUGUCUUGAGAAGGUCGGGUUUUAAACCGAAGAGAUCUCUGGAGAUAAUCUUGUUCACUUCUGAAGAACCUACCAGAUUUGGGAUCAGUUGUUUAGGAAGCCGCUUACUUGCUGGAAGCAAAGAACUUGCAGAAGCUCUAAAGACUACAGUUGUUGAUAGCCAAAAUGUGUCCUUUAUAGAAGCAGCGAGAUCAGCUGGAUACGCAGAAGAUAAAGAUGACGACUUGUCGAGUGUGUUCUUGAAGAAAGGAAGUUACUUUGCUUUUAUAGAAUUGCAUAUCGAACAAGGACCUAUACUCGAAGAUGAAGGUUUAGAUAUCGGUGUAGUAACCGCCAUUGCUGCUCCAGCAAGUUUAAAGGUGGAAUUUGAAGGCAGUGGAGGUCACGCCGGUGCUGUGCUAAUGCCAUAUAGAAUUGAUGCCGGCCUUGCGGCUGCAGAGUUGGCUCUAGCUGUGGAGAAUCAUGUUUUAGAAUCGGAAUCAAUAGAUACUGUAGGAACUGUUGGUAUUUUGGAGCUGCAUCCUGGGGCAAUCAACAGCAUUCCGAGCAAAGCUCAUCUUGAAAUCGAUACGAGGGAUAUCGAUGAAGCGAGAAGAAACGCUGUGAUCAAGAAAAUUCAGGAAUCUGCUAACACGAUAGCUCGAAAAAGGAAAGUGAAGUUGACAGAAUUCAAAAUUGUAAAUCAAGAUCCACCAGCACUCUCAGAUAAACUAGUAAUCAAGAAAAUGGCAGAGGCAAGCACAGAGCUAAACUUAUCACACAAGAUGAUAAUAAGCCGAGCUUAUCAUGAUUCUCUCUUCAUGGCCAGGAUAUCUCCAAUGGGUAUGAUAUUCAUCCCGUGCUACAAAGGAUACAGCCAUAAACCUGAAGAAUACUCAUCUCCUGAAGACAUGGCUAAUGGAGUAAAGGUACUUUCCCUCACACUGGCUAAGCUCUCUUUAGACUGAUGCGAACCCUCUUCCUCAUCCAGAAGCUUUGAACAUUCUGUACCCUGUUCUUCUGUCUUUGUGCUCAAAUGUAUCUUUGACAGUGUAAAGAAUUCAAUAAAUGUUGUGGCUAUCACUUAUCAAGUCACAGUAUAAAAAUACUGUCAUUUUCAGA